AUCAACAAAAAAAUCGAUAAAACGUAGUUUUUAAUAUUUUUAUCGGAUAUUUCAUAUUUUAUUGUUUCUUACAUGAGUCAAAAUUUAUUUAAAUCUUGAUUUUGAUCCCCGACAUUGAUUUCUGCCUCAAUACACUUAUUUUACUGAACAAAAUCAGGAACUAAAUUUUGAAAACCGCUUCAUUGAUGAUUUUCGAUUCUUAAAUUUUCAAACUUCAGCAUAACAGGUAACUUGUUAGAGCUUGAAAAGAUCAUAAAAAAACAAUUGCAUGUGAUAGCAUUUUCGAGCUCGAAGAGCUCGAAAAUAUAUCUACACUAAUGUUUUCGAGCUGUUUGAGGUCGAAAACAGCGGGAAGUUUUGGGGCUGGCCCGCAGGGUCAACCGACAGACCGAUUUUUUUUUAUUAUAAUUAAAAUGUCAACUUGUUACCUAUUAUUAAUGUACAUUCUUCCAAUUUUUUAUUUUAUAUAAAAGAUUUAAUAGUUACAUUGAAAUAAAACUUGAAAUAUUUCUAUCAUUAAUCUUGUUAAUAUUGUUUGCUAAUUGAUUACGACUCUAAUAAUUGAGCAAAUCCGUGAAUAUAAUAUUUUUGAUUUUCUUUUUAAUUCAAUUUUUUUACAUGUUUGUAAACUAGCCACAAUGAUCCCGAGUUAACUGCAAUCAAUUCAGAAUUUUAAAUUCAAGAAUUGAUAAAGAAUUUAGAAAUAUGUAAGUUACCAAAAAAAUGAAGCUGGUUUGAUGACCAUCUCGAUUUACCGGCAGUAAUUCUUUGUUGCUUAGAUUACAUAUCGUAUGAUGUAAAGAUUCGGGUAAAAAUCGAUAAGACUCUUAAUAUACUUGUAACUAAUGUUAAACUUAAUAAAUUAACAAAUAGUGAUUAUAUUCUUAGUAGUAUGGAAAGCUUUUGGACAUUUUUAAAAGAUUUGGAGACUUCUCAAAUGUAUAGCGGCACAGGAUUUGAUAGUCAGAAGUCAUCAGAAACAUGCAUAGUAUUUUUGAAAGCUGAUCAACAAUAUAAAAAACAGGCGGGAAUAUAUAGAUGUGAUGCAUGUAAGUAAACAAGUAAGAAAAAAAACUGCAUAAUCAAUUGUAUCGACCUAAACUAGAUGUCCAUGAUUGUAACAAAAAACUCAAGCUUGAGCUAAAUUCUGUCAAGAAAAAGUGUAGUCGUCUCAGUAAUAAAAAUGCCACUUUGAAACAAACUAUCGAGGAAGAAAGACAAAAGUGUGCUAACGCAUCUAAAACAGUUAUAGAGAAAGAAAUACUUAAUCUACCGCCUAUCCAACAAGAGAACGUUAGAGCGUGUUUUGCUGCAGCUAAACUCCAAAAUUCAAAACAAAGAAGAUAUACAGUCGAGUGGGUAUAUGAGUAUCUUUUAAUCAGAAUAAAAAGUGCUGCUGUUUACGAACGACUGAGAUCUAGACAAAUUUUACCCCUUCCUUGCAAGGAUACCCUUCAAAAAUAUAUCCAAAAAUUAGAUAGCGCAUUCGGUUUUUCGGAAGCUCUUUUUGAAACCCUUUAAUUGAAAGGUUCUCGAAUGGAAGUAAAUACUAAGAGGGGUAUUUCACAUAUAAUCUCUUGUUAGUGUGUUGCAGCGAAUCUUAGGAUUAACAUUUAUUAUUUAACACAAUUGUAAGGUACUUUGCUACUCGAUGAAGUUGCGUUAAGCGAAACUAUUAAAUUGAAUCAACGAACUAUGAAGCUUGACGGUUUCGUUGAUUUAGGAUCUUACACGCCGGAAGCGGAUUUAAAUACUAGAGCUGAUCAUGAUCUAGUAUUUAUGUUUCAACCCUUUCAGGGAGAUUGGGUGCAGGUCAUAGGUUUUUUCCUGAGUCGCAGUGCAACCGUCAGCGAAAUAUUACAUAAAUUAAUAAUAGAGUGCAUAUUAUUAUUGGAAAACGCUGGAUUUCAAGUUGACGCUGUAACCUGUGAUGGAGCCCAGUGGAACCGUGACGCGUGGAAGUUAUUCGGAAUUGAGGACUAUAAAUAUAGCUGCGAACAUCCAUAUGAUUAUAGUAGACGUUUAUGGUUCCUAUCCGAUUUUUCGCACUUGCUAAAAAAUUUUAGAAAUAAGAUUAUGGAAGUGCCAUCAUUUUGGACUCCAGAUGGUUAUGUAUACCGCAAACACUGGGAAUCUCUUUUAGCUUAUGAAAAUAGCUUUAAAGCUAAUUUAUCAGUAACCUACAAACUAACACCUGGUCACAUCAAGCCUGAACAGUACCAGAAAAUGAACGUGCUUUUGGCUGUAGAGUUAUUUGCAAAACGAUUGAGAGUGGCUAUGGAGAUGUACGAAAGCGAAUGUUCUGAGUUAAAAGGUUAUAAAUCUACGAUAGCAUUCAUGGAAAGAGUUGAUAACGGCUAUGACUUCAUGAACUCCAGAGCAUGCUUUACGCCCUGACGUUUCAUGUAAAAUGAGACAGGUAUGUUUUAUUUCUUAAAAAUUAUUAUUCUGUUGAUAUAGAUUUUUUAGUGAGUCGCCAAAGCCAGCCCACAAGUAAUAUAACACAAACAAGUGAUCAUGGCAUCACUAUUCAACAUAUUCUUGGCGCAAAAAUAAUAAGUGUAAGUAAAUCAUACGAAAAUUGCGAAGGCCUAAAGAAAAAUUGCUAUGCAUAGUUUAGUAAUUUGUGCUUGUUUUUCGCCUUCUUUCUAUUACACAUCAAUUACACAAUGCAAUUAGCUGUAUCAUUGAUAUCCCUGUUUAAAAUUUCCAAUAGGAUCCCAUCAAAAGCGACAAAAGCCACUUAGAAACCCAUAAAUUUUAUUGGUUUCUAAGUGGCUUUUGUCGCUUUUGAUUGGGAUCCUAUUGAAGAUUUUCAACAGGGAUGGCGUUGACUAUUGUUUCAAAGGUCUAGUCUUCAAGCGAUACAGCUAUAUGGAGUUUGACUUCAUAUUGAGUAAUCAUUAUUUGUCUAUUUUAAUUCAUAAUAUACUUCAUUUAAUACUUUCGAUUCAAAUCAUUCAUUGAUAAACUUUUUCCUAUGCUUAUUAUUCUAAUAGUAUUACUUACAGGCUUGCACAAAUUCUUUAGUUUAAUAAAUUCUACACUUUUAUUCACUUUGUUUAUUGACAACUGCACAAUAUUAACAUAGGUAUUAAUAACAUUCGCAUUUUGAACAAUUAUUAUCCUUAUAACUAAUACCAUUAAUUGGUUUUUUUCAUCAUUUCUCAAACAAAAACUUUUCAAAGUUUUCGCGUUUAUUCGAGAUAGAGCUCUCACUAGAAAGCACCGAAAAUCCGCGAAGUUAACGUGAUUAGUAGUUUAAAAAAAAACUUUUUAUUGAUUACCAAUUCAAUUAUUAUUUAUUUAUAAUUUUAUUUUUCUUGUAAAAGUUUAUAAAAAAUGUAACUGUGUUAAUACUAUCAAAAUACAAUUAAUAAAGUAUAUAUUUUUCUAGAA